AGCGGACAACAGUAAACAACAGAACAAUAGAAGAGAAUAAAUUGAUCGGAUUAAAAAAAUGAGAUGAAUUUCGGUGUCUCUUGAAUUUAAUUGUUUUAAAUGAUAUGAAAAAUAUACUUUGGUAAUUGGUUAUUGUUAUUUCUAAAAUGUAAGCUGUCGGAUGUUCAUAUUCCACCGGUAUCUCCCAUAGGUGGACGUUUUAUUUAGCCUAUCUCGAGUUUCAUAUGGUGCAUUACCCUUCUAUGCUUUUCAGUCAAAUAUUUUAUCGAUUUAAAUCAACUUUCGACGUAUUGUUACUUUUUUAAAAAAUUCGCAAAAACACAAUGGAUUUUGUAGAUUUGAUUCUAGUAUCCCAGGUGGAUAGAGUGAUUAUGCACGCAUGUCCUUAUAAACAACCUGUAGAUGGAACGAUGUGUAUCACUGGACACCAUCUAAUUUUAUCAUCUCGUAAGAAAGGCAUCGAUGAGCUCUUGCUAAUGCAUCAGAAUAUAGAUGUCGUUGAACGUAAACCGAACAACUUGAAUGGCGGUAGUUUGAUAGUAAAAUGUAAAGAUUUCCGUCUAGUGAAAUUAGAUAUUGGACAAACCGAUGAUUUGAAUAAUGCCGCCACUACCAUCGAAUCUAUCAUUUCAGUCAAUAAUAUCCUACUCAUGUAUCCAUUCUACUAUCGACCUACGAAUUCAAUUAUCGAAGAUGGCUGGACUGCUUACAGACCAGAAGCAGAGUUUACAAAACUUACAUUAGGUGAAGAGUGGAGAAUUACCCAUAUAAACCAACAUUUCGAUAUUUGUCCAACAUAUCCGUGCGUUUUAGUCGUUCCAAAAAACGUAGAUGAUGAGACUAUCGUUAUGUCGGCCAAGUUUCGCGAAGGUGGUCGUUUUCCUGUGCUCAGUUAUCGUCAUAAUGGGGGCAGCGUUUUGAUGCGUAGUAGUCAACCUCUAGUCGGUCCUUCGAAUAAAAGAUGCAAAGAAGAUGAAAGACUGUUGAAUGCUGUUUUAGGUAUUGGGAAACGAGGUUAUAUAAUCGAUACCAGGAGUCAAAAUAUUGCUCAAGUAGCCAAGAAUCGAGGAUUUGGCUACGAAGUUGAAGUUCAUUAUCCUCAAUGGAGAAGAAUACAAAAACCUGUUGAAAGGCAUCAAGCAUUGUUGGAUAGUUUAUCCAAAUUAGUCGAUGCCUGCAACGAUAAAUCUAGUUCAAUGGACAGGUGGUCCUCUCGUCUCGAGUCUUCCAAUUGGUUAACACAUAUCAGAGAUGCGUUGAAUUGUGCCUGUCUCACUGCUCAAUGUUUAGAUCAGGAGGGAUCAUCCGUAUUGGUACACGGAUCUGAAGGAACUGACAGUACGUUACUUGUAACAUCAAUUGCUCAAGUUAUCCUUAAUCCAGAUUGUCGAACGAUGAGAGGUUUUCAGGCGUUAAUUGAAAGAGAAUGGUUACAAGCCGGCCAUCCGUUCCAGCUUCGACAUACCAGAGGUUGCUUCUCUACAAAUAGCACAGGUCGAACGAAAUCUCACGGUGCCACGUUUUUAUUAUUUUUAGACUGCGUGUGGCAAAUUCAAAAUCAAUUCAUUUGUAGUUUUGAAUUCUCGCCUUCUCUCCUGAUUCUAUUAUUUGAACAUUCCGUUUCUUCAGAAUAUGGAACUUUCCUCGGUAACUGCGAAGCUGAUAGAGAAAUGUUAGAAUUACCUCGGAAAACAGUCAGCCUAUGGUCCUACGUGAAUCGUUUCGAUGUUUUAGAAAAAUUAUUGAAUCCUAUAUAUGUACCGAGUAAUAAGAUAGUAUGGCCAUCUGUAGCACCCAUGAGCUUGACGUUAUGGCGAGAUUUAUUUCUAAGAUGGGCUGUAGAUCUGACCAAAGAAAAAUCCAUUUGGAAUAAAAUCGAUACCAUUGUCAAAGACAACAAAGAGUUGAAAACGAAGGCCAUUCAAUUACGCAAACAAUUGGCCGAACUAGAAAAAGAAGCUGCUCAGAUGUACGCCUCGAAAAAAUCUAGUUCCAAGAUGGUAUGAGAACUGAGCUGUAUUUUCAAGUCAUUUAUAUUGUGCUUACUUUUCAGUGAGACAAUCCGCAUUUAAUUUUUAAUGUAUUGCUGAUAGCGAAAACGUCCAUUUUUUAAAAUCUUUUUAUUAUGUUUGUGUAUCUUCGAGAAAAUCUUGUUAUUUUUUGUUUCUUCAUGUUCCUCAAACUCAAAGUAUAAUUACUUGAAGACUUGAGCGUUCCCAAGUGGAAAAUAUUGUUUUAAGCCCACAGUUGUUUUUGUUUUACAUAUUUUUGUGUUAUUUUAACUCAUCUUUUUAAUCUAUAUUACCGGUGAAUUAGGUUUCCAAAAAAUUAUCAAUAAAUUUAUAUUCCAUGUGAUUAAA